AUCUUCCCCUCGGACAAUCCACAGCCCACGCAGUCAAGAUGCGGUACAUUCACUCCGAGGAACGGCUGCCCAUCCCCGACAAUGUGAACGUUCACAUUCGUUCGCGGAUUGUUACCGUCGAGGGCCCCCGAGGCAAGCUUGUUAAGGACCUUUCUCACAUCGCCGUCACCUUCGGCCGCCCCGAGAAGGAUGUCAUCUCCAUCGAGCUGCACCACGGUGCUCGCAAGGGCGUUGCCACCCUGCGUACCGUCCGCACCCUCAUCAACAACCUGAUCAUCGGUGUCACCCGCGGCUUCCUCUACAAGAUGCGCUACGUCUACGCGCAUUUCCCCAUCAACGUCAACCUUGAGAAGAACGCCGAGACCGGUCUUACCGAGAUUGAGAUCAGGAACUUCCUGGGCGAGAAGUACGUCCGUCGUCUGACUGCUCAGCCCGGCGUUGAGAUCAUCACCUCCCCCAACGUUAAGGAUGAGCUCCAGCUCUCCGGUAACUCCCUGGAGAACGUCUCCCAGAGCGCCGCCGAUAUCCAGCAGAUCUGCCGAGUCCGUAACAAGGAUAUCCGAAAGUUCCUGGACGGUCUGUACGUGUCUGAGCGAACUAACAUCAUUGAGGAAUAAACGGUUUCUGGGAUUGCGUCUGGUGGGUAGCUAGGAUGUCAGGGGAAUAUAAUCUUGACCUCUUUGCAUUAGGAAAACAAUGCGAAGUUCAACCUAAAACAAAAAAGAAUCAGAGAACCAUGAAAUUCAAUGCCCCUUUACGUGUCUACGGGUUUGGCAUGGUGUUUUCGCCAAGGGACAUGGACUGUAGGAAACCAAAAAUCCGGCUUCUAUGAAUUUACUUUUUUC